AUGCCGCCUCCUACAGCCGGUGACGCCUGGCUCAAGUCGCGGAAGUUUGGCAUCGUCGUCGACGCGGGGUCUUCUGGCUCUCGCCUGCAGAUAUAUAGUUGGCGCGACCCCGUCGCCGUGCGGGAUGAAUUGGGAGAUGCGGCACGGUAUAUGCUGCCAAAGGUCGAGAAGGGCGCGCAGGUAGACGCAGACUGGGUACACAAGGUUGAACCAGGGCUUUCAUCCUUCGCUGAGAAUGUCGAGGACAUCUCCGCAUAUUUGGCCCCGUUAUUGGACUUUGCCUGGAGAACAGUCCCCCCGUCGCUUCAUGCCGAAACCCCGCUGUACCUGCUUGCGACAGCGGGUAUGCGUCUGCUCUCACCACAGGCUCAGGUGGAUGUCCUCGAGACCACAUGUCACUUUCUGCGCUUCCAUUCCAACUUCCGCAUCGACGACCCCUCCGCCGAUGGCCCUUGUGGCCGCAGCGUGCGCAUAAUCACUGGAGAGGAAGAGGGAAUGUAUGGCUGGCUGGCUGUCAACUAUCUGAUGGAUGGCUUUGGACCUUCGGACUCCGAUCGCACGACGUAUGGCUUUCUCGACAUGGGCGGCGCCUCUACUCAGAUAGCCUUUGAGCCGAGCCCGAGCGCGCGAGGGGACGCCACCAACCUCCUUGACAUACGCUUACGCAUGCUCGGUGGUGAGGAGAUUAGGCAUCAGGUCUUCGUGACCACCUGGCUCGGGUAUGGCACAAAUCAGGCGCGCGAGCGCUACAUUCGACAGCUGUUGGAGAGGCAUGGGGAUGGCGUGUCGAGGGACAUCACAGCUGUAGAAGACCCUUGUCUGCCAAAGGACUUACAAAGGAACGAGAACCUAUUACAUGGCGCGGACCCCUCGCAAAGUCGUAAACUCGUGGGGACAGGGUCCUUCACCCACUGUUUGGCCGAGACCGAGCCUUUGCUAAACAAGGGUGCACCUUGUCGCGAUAUUCCCUGUCUCUUCGACGGAGUUCAUGUUCCUCCAAUCGACUUCUCCGCUUCACAUUUCAUUGGUGUCUCGGAGUACUGGUACUCGUCCGAACAUAUUUUUGGAUUAGGCGGCGCCUACGACUUCGUUCAAUACGAACGCGCCGCGCAAGAGUAUUGCGGUCAGUCCUGGAAUGAGAUCCUUCGGCAGCACGAACAUGCGACAACGAAGACGUCUCCGGCGGCCGAGGGAGCAUCCGGCUUGAGCAAAUGGAUCGACAAGGUCGAAGUCUCUCGGCUGGAACUUCAGUGCUUCAAGGCUGCUUGGAUCGUCAACAUCCUUCACGAGGGUCUUGGAAUGCCUCGCAUCGUCGAUAAGGGUGGAAACGGCGUCACCCAUGGCGACGAUGUCGCGGAGAAGGCGGAACUCAAGGGUUUAGGGCAAACGAAGCCGACCUUCCAGUCUAUGGAUACCGUGGGCGACGUUGCGAUCUCAUGGACUCUCGGGAAGAUGAUCCUGGAGGCCAGCAAUCAAGUCCCUCUCCCGUCCGGUCUGAAGGGCCCCGCACUCGAGGAUCCUCUACAAGAUGUUCCUGAAGACGCUCCCAUACAGCCGAUACGACCUCCGUUCCGGUUUCUUGAUCGGAUUGAGGAUCACCUCGAGCCACACCUCCACCCGUUGCUCUCGCGAGACUCGCUCGGCUUCUCCUUCGUUGGCUUCCUGUUCUAUCUAUCCGCUUGCUUCCUUUUCUUGACUCUCACUUGGAGAUUACGACACGUUGUCCGCGUGUGUAUCCGCCAGGUGACGCGAAGUGCCACCCGGCGCGCAGAUGCCGCCGCCAGUUCCAUGGAGGAAGGCUGGGGCGGUGGCAGGCCUUCAACUCCCGUAACUCCCUCUGCUCCGAGUACGAAGAGGUGGAUGCGGAACAUCCGUCGCAUGGUAUCAUUCUGGCAAACUCGCACGUCAGUUAACCCAUACCAUGGUGGUCCUCCCGCAUUGCGUCGAGUACCCGCGUCCCCUACGCGCUCGCCCAACACACCAACCGGGCGCUCGCCAUAUUCUUACCCUGCACUGCGCUUGGAAGAUGCCCAGCUGUCAAUCAACGGCAAGGCGCCGCCGUCCCCGCGCACGCCCAUCUCCCCGCGUGUUGCAUCUCCUCGCGUCGGAACGCCCACGCGCCUGCAGGCUGACAACGGUGCGGAGGCGGAGGCACUUGAAACCUCUUCCUACUUGGUUUACCCUCGAUCUCGGAACUCAUCGACGAUCAGUCUGUCAACUCUCACUGUUAGACAACCUCUAUCGCGGACUGCCAGUAAUGUACAACUGCAGUAG